AUAAAUUCUUUCUGCUCAUGUGCCAUUUCGCUUUUCUUGUCUCCAUCGAGACAAAUUUCUCAUUUGUUUACAUUUUCAAUCAACAACCACUUGUUUAUUUUUGAUUAUUUUUGAUUAUUUUGUUUAAUUUUUUUCUCUGUAAUUGUGAAAAAUGUUAAAUUCCAAAAGUGAAAAAAUUCUUUACAAGACUAUGGGUUACAGUAACGAUAACAACCCAUUUGGUGACUCGCAACUACUACAACCACUUGUAUGGGGUAAAAAAUGUCCUGGUAACAAAAAAAUGAAUGAGAGUAAAUUGAAUGAAUUAAAAAAAAUGAAAAAAAAUCGUGAGGAGCGAGAAAGAGAGAGAGAGAAAAGAGCCACCGAAAUGGAGGACAAACAAAGAGAUGCUGAGGCUUCAAAAUUCAGAAGCUACAAUGAUAAUGAAGACCAAUUUGUAUUCAAACAAGCAAAUCUCCGAUCAGGUGUCCGGUUAAAAGAAGGUCGACCAAAAACAAUUGAUCUCUUAGUGGAUUACAUCAACGCGUCAAAUGAUGGACAAGGUGGUCGAAAUUUGAUCGAACCAUUUAAUUUGCUCAAUGGUUUGAGAUUGUUUGAUUUGCAAGAUCUUAAAGGUGACAUCAACCUCUACAAAAAAUUUGACAACGAGAAUCUCCAAUAUUGGACCGAUCUGGAGAUCAUUGUAAAUACCGAAAUAAAAAAACUUCAUUCAUCAUCAACAGGUAUUCAUCCAACCGUUGCUGCCGAUGCACACAAAAUCAUUGAUAAUAAAACACCUGAGCAGCUUGCAAGCUUGGAAAUAUCAAUUAAAAAAAAAAUGGACAAUGAUCGUGGUGUGAUUGACAUAACAUAUUGGGAAUCUCUUUUGGAAAAGCUCCAAUCGAUGAUGGCACGAGCUCGUCUUCACGAAAAACACCAACAAUUAAUGGUGAAAAUGAAGACAAAUCAUCUUCAAGAUGAAGGUGACCAAAGUGAAAAAGAUGUCGAUGAUGAUUCCAUUUCUGCUGAAUCUUGUGACAAAGAUUAUAUGGAGAAUGGCUAUUCCCCGGAAUUGUCAAGUGGAUUUGACCUUGAUUCCAAUUUAAUCGUCAAUCCAGUCGACGAUUUUUAUGACCUUGAACGUGCCCGUCGAUUUGUUUCACAAUCAUCUUCAUUCAUCGAACCAACAAAUGAAGGUAUCCUUAGGAUUGAAGAAACCACCAUCCAAGAUCCAGGGAUCUCAUCUUGGUGCGAAAAGUAUCGGCCUCGAAAACCGAGAUUUUUCAAUAGAGUUCACACUGGUUUCGAGUGGAACAAGUAUAACCAAACCCACUACGACAUCGACAAUCCACCUCCCAAAAUUGUCCAAGGAUACAAAUUUAAUAUAUUUUAUCCGGAUCUCAUCAACAAAGGUCAAGCACCGACCUACACAUUGACCACUUGUCAGGACAACAAAGAUUUUGCCAUCAUUCGUUUUAAAGCUGGUCCACCAUAUGAAGAUAUCGCCUUCAAGAUCGUCAAUCGAGAAUGGAAUUAUUCCCAUAAAAGUGGCUUCCGAUGUCAAUUCAUCAACAACAUUCUCCAGUUAUGGUUCCAUUUUAAACGGUAUCGAUACCGAAGAUGAAUUAAUUUCAAAUUUGUAUUUCGACAAUCAGUGGAAAUGAUCCAGUUUAUUGAUUGAUAAAUAAAAAUCAUCAAAAAUUUGAA